UGUAUACUAAAGUAUUGUAUACUAGAUGCCUCAUUAUAUAAAUAUUUAUACGAUUUCUACGUGUAUAUGCUUCCUAACAUGUAUUAUUUGUCUCUCUUAAUAUCUUUUCAGUGAGCGGAUUAAUGUCGCAUGAAUUGUUUGAACGACAAUUAAAUUGUUCUGCAAACAAACACGGAUGGCAACACAGCUUUCAUCAACAGCUGAUCGACAGCUGUUUUCCGAAACUUUAAAGUCCUUACGAAAGUCUAGCAGCGGCGAUUUUGAUUGAGGAACUUUAAUUAUAAUCGUAAAAGUACAAUAAAAAUUUCGAAUCAGUUGAGAAAUGUCGCAUACGUCGGACACAUUGACAAUGCUAUCGAUGGCGUGUGAUUCGUUUUGACAGAUACGAUUGUUAAUUUUGACAGUUAUCAAAUAGUGUCAAAAAAAUUUUGAUACAAUCCGCAAAAUGUCUAUCAACAUAGACAUAAAAUUAAAACGCGCGAGCAAAAUAUAUCACCAGGGGGAGGUUGUUGCUGGUUUAAUAUUGUUAAAAACUAAUUCGGACGUAAAACACGAUGGGAUAUUUCUUACUAUGGAAGGUUCGGUCAAUUUACAACUUAGCUCGAAAAAUGUCGGGAUUUUUGAAGCAUUUUAUAAUUCUGUUAAGCCCAUACAAUUAGUGCAAUACACAUUAGAUGUUGCUCCGUCAGGAAAGAUUCCAAGUGGCAAAACAGAGAUACCUUUCGAAUUACCAUUGAAGCCAAGAGGAAAUAAAUCCCUUUAUGAAACUUAUCAUGGCGUUUUUGUAAAUAUACAGUACUUGAUACGCUGUGAUAUAAAAAGAAGCUUUCUCGCAAAGGAUGUGAGCAAGUCAUUGGAAUUUAUAGUUGAGGAUAAAUCAAAUAUCAAGGUAGAAAAGGAGCACAGUAAAAUCGUGUUCUUUAAAAUAAUGCCGGAAUCUCUGCAAAAUGCUAGAGACAGAACCAAUGUGCCAAGAUUUUGCAUUUCAGGGCGAUUAGAUUCCCUGCACUGCAAAAUCUCUGAGCCCUUGACAGGAGAAGUGAUAAUUGAAUAUUGUGAGGCUGUUAUAAAGUCCAUAGAGUUGCAAUUAGUCAGGGUAGAAACUUGUGGGUGUGCAGAAGGAUACUCUAGAGAUGCGACGGAGAUACAAAAUAUACAAAUUGGUGAAGGCAACGCUUGCACGAAUCUUGCUAUUCCAAUCUACAUGAUAUUUCCAAGAUUAUUUACAUGUCCCACUUUGAGCACAAGCAAUUUCAAAGUUGGUAAGGACAUUAUCGCAUUGUCUUGUUCUAUCUUUUUGAUGUUUAAAACAUACAAAAAUUUAUGUUACAUUUCUAAUAUACAUCAUAUGACAUCUCUUUCCAGAAUUUGAGGUAAAUCUUAUCAUAGUGUUUGAAGAUGAUUAUUUGGUCACUGAGAACUUUCCUAUCAUACUCUCGCGAUAUUGAAAAUUAUAGAAAUAAAAAUGUUUUCUAAAACUGUGUAAUUUGUGAUAUCUUGUUACAUAAAAUAUAUUUAUCCCGUUAUAUAUAUGUAUUCGAAAAAUGCAUAUAAAAGAUAAUAUUUCUCACAUAGAAUAAGUACAUUAUAAGCAAAGAUUUGACAUGUAAAAGGCUAUAAAUACCGAAAAUAAAAGUCUCAGGAGAGAAACUACUCUCCAAGUCAUAUUUCACCUAUUAUGAAAAAGAUUAGAAAAUAUCCUUUCUUCGUUUUUUCUCGUGCAUUUGCUUAUAAAUGACUUAUAUAUAGCCUUUUACAGUACAUGCAGACUUUGGCACACGUUCUAAUUUUAUGAAAAUAUUGUACAUAUAACCUUUCUUUUACAUCAAGGUUUUGACUCUAUUCUUCUUUCAUUCAAGUCCUGCUUUUUGGAUAAAUAACCUAUAAUAUUUUUCUAUUUGUUUAUUCUGUGUUAGUCCAACUGAAGCUAGUAGCACGACGUAACCGAGUACGAAUGUCAGCAAUUUGUGUUGCUUGAACCAUGAGAGCAAUCCGGAAUUAUCGGUAGAGCUGAAAUAUCAAAAUGUUGCUUACAGUAGCGAUC